AUGCGAGGGAACACGGUAACUCAGCAACUUUCGCCUCAACAGUUAACUCUCCUGUAUGGAUAUAACCAUGGAACGCAUGGUAAACCGCUGGCUGAUGACACGCUUGAAGAUUGGAAAUCGCAUGUUAGGAUUCGAAAGGUCUGGCAGAAGUACUCGCUCCACUAUACCAUCCAUCAUGCUGAAGCCGCAGCCGUCAGCGUGAAACCAGAGGACAUGUUGACGGUCAACUAUUUGCUGGGUUCCCGGACACACUCCGAUCACUUUCCGGUAACUUGCGAAUUCGGUGGUGAAGUUGUUGCGUUCCCGAUCCGUCUUAGGAAAGAUUUCCACAGGGUUAAUUGGGUGGUCUUUCAGAGAACUAUUGACUCGCUACUGGAAGAAAAUCCUGCUCUUACUGAUACAAACGACAUCAACAACUGCCCGGAAAUGUUUCAGCAAGCGUUGGAAGGUGCAGAUAGGGCAUACAUCAGAAAAGUCCCGGUGAAAGUAAACGUCAUUUCCAUUGACCGUGACACAAAAUACCACAUUCGCCUUCGUAACAUCUUUAGGCGGCAGUUCCAAAGAACUGGUGACUUGGUCAAAAGACAGCUCGUUUCGCAUCUCAACGAAGUCAUUAAGUGUAGAAUGGAACGGCUGAAAAAUGAGAGCUUCGGAAAGGUAGUGCAGGGCCUAAAGGAUCAUUCUAAGCCGUUCAGGAAUGUUGCCAAGGUUUUAAAUUCCACCACUGAAAUCAGUGACCACUUUGCACGCUCGCACAACCUUGGCAAUAGUAUGCAAAGUCCAUUCGAAACGGCAGUAGAGGAUAAAAUGCGCUCGCUAGAUGAGACAACCUGCGUUGUCCCUCAGGAUCAGUUGGUGACAGUUGACGUAGUUCGCAUCGCAAUAAGAAACACCAAGAACAUGAAGACCCUCGGAUUUGAUAAAGUGUUCAAUCUGGUACUAAAAAACCUCAGUCGCCGAGCCCUUACAUUACUGGCAAACAUCUUUAACAAGUUUUGGCUUCAGGAAAGGCCAGCUAACGAGGGUGAUAAACAUCAAAAGGCAGAACAAAGCUGUCUCCAAGUCGACUGCAAUGGUUCUACCUAUGUAGAGAAAGCGUUUGACAACGUGUGGCACGAUGAGCUCAUCUACAAGCUUUGCGUGUUCAAAGUUCCAAUCUACCUCACACAAAUCGUUAGAAGCUAUCUCCACGAUAGAACAUUCAAAGUUGUACUUCAGGGAGCAGUCUCCAAAGUUUAUAGCAUACCAGCUGGUGUCCCCCAGGGAAGUCUCCUCGGUCCGAUGCUAUACAACCUGUUUACUUCGGAUAUUCCUCGCAUGCCCGACGGCUCAUGCCUGUCGCUGUUUGCGGACGACACCGCUCUCCUGGUGAAAGGGAAGAAAGUGACUGAACUUCGAAGUAAACUGCAACGCUGCUUCGACAUCUUCAUCGAAUAUACCGACAAAUGGAAGCUAAAUUGA